AUGUUCGCAAGCCAUCUAACAUCAUCUCAGUCGCCAUCCUCUCCCUCACCAUCAUUAUUCCGCUCAACAAUAUUUCGUGUACGUCGAAAACGAACUGCUGAUCCACAUGGGGCUUUAGUCAUUUCAUUGAAGCGCGCCAAACAAAUGUCAUCCGUAACAGAACCAAUUAUUUGUUUUCGAGCUUCAGCAACUAACUUAAAGCUGGGAUUUGGUGAUGUUACGCAUUCACAACAUUUCAACAUCAUUGAUGUGGAUCCACAUCAGAACACUGUGAACACAAUAAGGCCGCCACCAUCCAACACUGACGACGCAAUAGAGAAUAGUGACAGUAAAAGUGACGUUUCAUCUAACAACCCUUUGGAACUGAUGAAAGAUUCUGUGGAAGAACCAUCGUCUAGCAGUAAGGUAAUCGGUGAAACAACUGUCAAAUCGAGUCAGAUAACGUUAAAUGGAGAACCGUUGGUUAUGCUAAACGGUCAAGAUGAUGAAGACUUCAUUUUCGAUUAUUACUGGAGUUCCAAGGCAGAUGGAUGUAUGGCUUACCAAAUCCGAGAUGUUCGCUUAGCAAAAGCUGAUGAUUUAUUGUGUGAUGGUGAAGAUACAGAAAGCAGUGCAGAAGAUGACGAGGAUUCGAAUGAUGAGAACAACUGGCGUAACGAUUAUCCUGAUGAAUCCGAGCAUACUUCUGGUUGUGGUUCAAACGAAGACACAGCAUCAGAUGGAUUUAAUGAUUACGAAGAUCUGGAAAGACAUAUUGGUGAGAUGGGUUUCUAUGAUGAAGAGGAUAGUGAAGGUGAUAAAGACAAUUGGUGA